CAGAUCUUCUCUGUUGUCUAGUGUGUUAUCAGAGAUAAGAGAGACCGGUGGUGGCAGGCGUCAGUAUGGUCCUGAUUGUGGUCGUGGGAGGACGCUCCGCCCGCCGUCAGAAUCGUAUGUCUGGCAGCAGUGAUAGAAUCGUAUGUCUGGCAGCAGCAGCAUGGCGGGGCGGGCAGCGCGGGGCAGAGCGCGCGGCCGGCAGCGUCUGCCUCCAGAACAAGACACUAACCCAUUGCGCAGACCUGGACAGGAUGAACUUGAGAGGCAGAUGAUCAACUUGCAUCUGCAAGGAGACCAAGACAGACAGAGAGGAGGAAGCAGUAGUGAAGGAGCAGGAAGAGGAGGCAGUGAUGGCAGAGGAGGAAGAGGCAGCAGAGGACGAGGGGAAAGCAGAGGUCGAGGUCGAGGGGGAGCCACUAGAGAGGGAUUCGAUCCCCUUCAGGCGAUGAGCAACACGAAGGAGUGUGUCGUGUGGACCCGACCCCAGCAUGUUACAGACAAGAAAGGCACCUCGGGCCAGCCAAUCAUCCUCCGAGCGAACUACUAUGAGGUUCAGGCCACACCAGACUGGGCCUUGUGCAUGUAUCACGUGGUCUUUUGCCCUGAUGAGGUGAGGACCAGGGUGAGGAAGGUACUUCUCCGGCAACAUUCUCAGGCUCUUGGGAACUACGUCUUCGAUGGUAACCAGCUUUACCUCGCUCGCAAACUCCCGCUAAAUCCGAUGGAGUUGGCGUCGAAGCGACCAGACAACCAGGAGCCCUACACCGUCACCAUCCGCUUCUUGAAGGAGAUACCACCCUGCGACACCCAGUUCCUGCAGAUCUUCUCCAUCUUACUGCGACGAUGUUAUGAACACUUGGGCAUGACCCAGGUGGGCAGGCACUUCUACCAGAGCAGAGAGGAGGUCCAGAACCACAAGUACAGGGUGGCCAUCUGGCCGGGCCAAGUCUCCAGCAUCCGGCAGCAUGAGUCUGGAGUCCUCAUGGUGACGGACAUCCUCCAUAAGUUCCUCAGACUGGACACCGUCUACGACAUCCUCAGGUCCAUCAAGAACACCAGACCCGACAGUUUCAAGUUCCUGGCGGGAAAGCAGCUGCUGGGGAUGGUAGUGAUGACCCGCUACAACCAGAGGACUUACAGGAUCGACGACAUCGCCUGGAGUACCACCGCCGCCAGCAAGUUCUCCUGCCAGGGGCAAGACAUCACCUACAUGGACUACUACCAGAAGACGUACCAAGUGGCCAUCAGGGACCCCCAUCAACCACUCCUCAUGUCGAAACCAAGAAAAAAGGACUUGCGUCGAGGCAUAAGCAGCAUCUACCUGAUCCCGGAGCUGUGUGUGCCCACGGGACUCUCAGAUGAGAUGCGUCGCGACAACAACCUCAUGAAGGACUUCGCCACCUGGACGCGGAUGGCACCGGACAAAAGGGUGUUGGCCAUCAGAAAGUUUAACGCUAAGCUCUUCGAGAACCAGCAGGUGAGGGCGGAGCUGCAAGAGUGGGGUCUGCGGUUCUCCCAAACACUGUGUCAGGUGCGGGGACGAGUUCUGCCAGGAGAGGUCAUCACCCAGGGCGGACGCACCUUCACCUACGACACCAACGAGGCCGACUGGUACAAGAACGUCAAAGAUGUGCCGAUGAAUGUGUGUCAGAAGCUGACCAACUGGGUGCUGGUGUUCCCCGCCAAGCUUAAGCAGGAGGCUGACGACCUGCUCUCUGGGCUCCGUCGGGUAGGCCGCUCCCUCAAUCUGGUGGUGGCCCAGCCAAAACUGGAGUGCGUGUACCAGGACCUGGUCCAGGAGUACGUGCGAGCGGUGGGGCGGCACGAGGGCGUGCAGCUGGUGCUCUGCGUCCUCCCCAACUCCAAGCUGGACAGGUACGCCGCCGUCAAGAAGCACGCCUCGGUGGCCAUGGGCGUGCCCUCGCAGAUGGUGUUAGGAAGGAGUCUGCAGAACAAGGGCAGGAUGAUGAGUAUUAUAACCAAGAUCGCUAUCCAGAUCAACUGCAAGUUGGGCGGCGAGGCCUGGAACGUCCAGAUCCCAUUCCAGAACACCAUGGUGGUGGGCUACGACGCCUACCAUGACAGCAGCAGGCGAGGGUCGUCGUGGGGCGCCGUGGUCGCCUCCUACAACAGGAACCUCACCCGCUACUACGGUCAGGUCUCCCGCCACGCCAACAACGAAGAGCUCACGGCCAAUUUCUCCGCCUCCAUACAGAAUGCACUGUACCACUACGUGGAGGUUAACGCUCGGCUGCCAGAGCGCGUGGUGGUGUACAGAGACGGUGUGGGAGAUGGCCAGCUUCACUACGUCAAGGGCGCCGAGAUCGCUGCUAUCAAGGCGUGCUUCAAGGCCAACAACUUCUCCCCGCGCUUCAGCUUCGUAGUGGUGACGAAGAGGAUCAACACGAGACUCUUCGCGCAGGGCUCCACCAACGGCAGCCCCAUCAACCCGCCUCCUGGCACCGUCUGCGACGACGUCAUCACUCUACCAGAGAGGUACGACUUCUACCUAGUGAGCCAGCGGGUGCUGCAGGGGACCGUCACCCCGACCUCCUACAACAUCAUCGACGACGUCAACUCCAACCUGGACGCCGACAGACAUCAGCGACUGGCCUACAAGCUCACCUACCUCUACUACAACUGGAUGGGCCCUGUGAGAGUGCCUGCCCCCUGCCUCUACGCCCACAAGCUGGCCUACGUCACCGGCCAGGCCAUACAUGACUCCCCCCACCACAACCUCUGUGAUAAACUCUGGUACCUCUGAAGACUGUCUUACAAGUCUACCUCUGGUCCACGGCUCUUUGGCCUCGCUCAAGAUUACAUCUUGUAAUACAUGUCGAAUUUCAACUUGUUUUCGGGGAAAACGUCUCAUGAUGAAGGUCUCUGAACCUUCAUCAUGGACUCCUGCACGAGUGAUGACACCAGGAGCAAGAAACACAGACAAAUUUUAAUCAGUUUUUAUUUUUGUUUGACAAACCUCUUUUGUUCAGGUGGUCAACUGAGAACUGGUGUAAGGACUAUCGUGUCUGAGAUUCGUAAGUCGGAAUUGGAUGACAGCCCACACACUUGAAAAUAGAGAAGGUGACGACAUUUAGGUUCUUCCUUGACCAUUAUCAGGUGACAACGGUCCGGUCCGCCCUGGACCAUUAUCAUAUCGCACAGAGUAAAAGUGAUAGAUAAUGACAAUAUAUGGUUAGAAAGUGAGGUGGAAGAUGAUAAACAUGAACGAAACUGAAGCCCUUCUUCACCUCACUCUUCUCACUGACGUUUCCUCAGUCUCACCAGACAUAGUGUGGACUCCUGUUUUCUUAUUUUCUUUUUUUCAUAGUAAAUAUUUGUCUCGAACUUUCGAUGUCGCUAAGGGUUCCUCUCUCUCCCCUGUUCUUGCUAAUGGGUUCCCCUCUCUCCCCUGUUCUUGCCUAUGGGUUCCCCCCUCUCUCCCCUGUUCUUGCUAAUGGGUUCCCAUCUCUCCCCUGUUCUUGCCUAUGGGUUCCCCUGUUCUUGCCAAUGGGGUCCCCAUCUCUCCCCUGUUCUCGUCAAUGGGGUUCCCCUCUCCCUCCUGUUCUUGUUAAUGGGUUCCCCCUCUCUUCCCUAUUCUUGUCAAUGGGGUUCCCCUCUCCCUCCUGUUCUUGUUAAUGGGUUCCCCCUGUUCUUGUCAAUGGGGUCCCCAUCUCUCCCCUGUUCUCGUCAAUGGGGUUCCCCUCUCUCCCCUGUUCCUGCCAAUGGGUUCCCCCUCUCUUCCUUGUUCUUGCCAUUGGGUUCCUUCCUUCAAAUGACUUUACCUUCUCCAACUUCUUUAGUCUGCCUUUACCAAAACAAAGAAAUGACAGGGGCAACAUAAUCAAUAAGACAUCUCACAAUAAGACAUUCCCAUGUGAUUACCAUCGGAAUGUAAAGUAUAAAAUAUGAUUAAUAAUUGUGUACUGUAUAGGUUUGUGAGCCCCUUGAGGGACCUUAUAUACACGAGGGUAGAAAUAGCCUAAGCUACUCUAUUCUUUUGAGAUGUACUUCCUUUUCUCCAUAAACCAACUUGAACGUGAACUAAAGUAAAAACAAUUAAAUGUCAAAAAGGGGAUAACCUCAAUAAAUUCCUAUCCCAA